AUGAACCUUAAAAUCACAAAUAAUUAACAAUCCUCUAUAAGUGAUUCACUGAUAAUUACCAAUUUAGAUUAAAUACACCUUUUUAGAGAUAAUACAUUCAAUAAGAUUGAAUGUAAUUAAUAAAUAACACUCAAGGAUGCAGUUUAGAUUUCUUAGAUUUUAAAAGAUCGUAAAUAUAUUGAAUCUAUUAUUAAGAGGGAGUUUUAAUUUAUGAAGGUGAAAUUAAUGAAUAGAUUGAAAUAUACCUUUAAGCAAGUGGAUUGUAUAAUUAAGGUCAAGGGAAGUUUAAAAAAUAAGUAUUAUAAAUUAAGAAAAUGAAUGUUCCAUUGUAAGACUUCAAUAAUUGUUAUGGAAAAUAUGAUUAUAUAGAAUAGAAAUUCUAAAACCAAAUAAAUUUAUUCAAAUAAGUAGAUGUAAAUGAAAAAUAAGAAAUAAUUGAUGAAAAUGAGUUAUUAAAUGAUGGUGUGGAAGUAAAAUAAGUAGAAAGUUGUGCAACUAAACCUAGAGCAUGUGCAAAUUGUACUUGUGGAAGAAAAGAAAUGGAGUAAGAAUUAAAAUUAAAUUAUUUUUUUAGAGAAAAAUAAGAUUAAGAGUAGUUAUUAGAAUAAUUAAAAAAUAAUUCUGUAAAAGGUUGCGGUAGUUGUUAUUUAGGCGAUGCUUUUCGUUGUGCAAAUUGUCCCUAUAGAGGUAUAAAUAAAUUAUAUAAAUAUAGGAUUACCUGCCUUCAAGGAUGGAGAAUAAGUGAAAGUCAAUUAAGAAGAUGUAUUUUUAUAAGAAAAGGAAGAGAUAGAUUAAAUUACAUUAGAGAAUGGAAAGGUCAAAUUAAAGAUUUGAUAUAUUUAUAAUAUAUGGAUAAUUAUAAUAUGAAGAAUGAG